AUGGCCACGCGUGGCGUUUCGCAAGCGCAAAUCACAAAGAGGGCGCGCCUCGAACGUCCACCCGUCAACCCCCUCAGCCCCGUACAGGCCAUCUACCUGCAGCUCAUCAAGCAGUGGUAUGGCCAGUUCAUCCAACAACUCCCCCCGGGCACCGGGCACAAGGUCCAGGGGGCACAUUUCUACUCAUGGGAUGAGGCAACUGGUCCAAUGGCGCCGACAUGGCAACCGAAGCAUUUCAAGCCGCUUCUUGCCAUCGCCGCUAACCGCCAAGGAGAGUCGGGGCAGGCGAUUGCCGAGCGCACGUUCUACAUCAGUGUGUUCUAUGUCCUGCAGCUGUACGACCGCGCCCGUCUCGUUGCCGGAUGUCCACCCCUGACAUCCGACGCGAAGGUUUCCGUCUGGGACAUCGCUCGCGCAAGUCUCGGCGCUGCACAAGCACCGAAAGGACGUUAA